UUAAAUUAUUUCAAUGUACAUGUGGUUCAGAAGUAUACACAAACAUCUACACCUACACACGCAUACACACAUACAGACCGUACACAUACAUUUGCAAAAUGUCACACAGAUCGCGUAUGUUGUCUGUGAUAACGGCCGUCGAGCUAGAGAAGAAUCCAUCCUAUGAGAACACGCUGUCGCUGAGCUCCACAUCCACAGAGAUAUUCUAUCGCGCCUCUGGCCAACUCAAGGAGGUGACCUCACAGGAUGGCAAGGCGAUUGUGGAUGACAUAAUCGGUGCCAUGUUUGCCGCUCGAGCUGGAGUGGCAAAGCUCUCCAGCUCCACCUGUGAACUGGAUUCAGGCUACAGGGAAUGCGAGGACAUGGACAGGCGCCUCAAGCUCUGGCAGGAUACACUGCGUGCACGCGAGCGCAUGCAGCAUAGGAUCAACAAAAAGACGGGCAAAAUGCCUGGAGAAAUGCUCAUCAAUUUGCCCGCCAGCUUGGAGCAGCGCGACAAGGGCACGAUUAAUCGCCUGAUGGACUAUGCGCAACGCAUGAAUCCUGUGACGCUGUCGGAAAAGAAGGGCACAGAGCUGCCCAGGCGUCUGGAUAUGGAGCAGUGUAUGGAGCUGCAUGCGGUGCAGGAGACUUUGCCGAAGGCGGAGCAAGCUGCACAGGUGCAGGUGGAGAUUAGUGGCUUGACUAAGGCUACGAUGGCAGAGAUAAUGCCGGAUGUGGAGGUGAAUAAGUUGACGGGCAAGCGUGGCAAGUGGAUCACCUCGAAUGUGCUGAAGCAACGCAUUGAGCAGCAGGCAGAGGAUAUGGAUCGCGUGCUCGAUUAUUUUCCCGAUACGCAAAACCUGGAGGUGGUGGGCAACAAUAUGCUGGCCGCAAACAACAUGCAACAUGUCGAGGACAUUGACUUGAUUGUAAACUCUUCGCUGUACUCCAUAAGCAGCAGCACGAUAAGUUGCAUUGAGGAGCAGCUGCCGGAAGAGACCGUCAAAUCAGAGCCACAGGCGCUGCAGAGCCACAACUUGGGUCUCAAGAUCAACAAUGUAAUCUUUACCGAUCGUGAGCGUCGCACCACCAACGAACUAGAGCUGCAGAUUGACUUUGAGUGUGCGCCGUAUGAGAAGCAGCUGAAGGAGAUGCUGCGCCUGGAGAAUGUUGGCAGGUGCGUCAUCAUCUGCGAGUGGCAGAAUUUGAGCAAACGAGCCACAAGUUUCAUGGAUAUCACGGAUGACAGCUUUCUGCUCGAGUGCAAUCCCAUUACGCUCUUCCCGGGCGAUGUGCACAUCCCCAGGGCGCUCUUCCAGCCUCACAUGGUGGGUCUGCACAAUCGACGCAUUGAGCUGCGCAUCUUUCCCAACAUAUUCUGUCAUCGCAACGAGGGCAUCGUUCUGCGGCUGCAAGCCAAGUGCGUGCCACAUGCGGACUAUGCGCACAAGCUGGACAAACAAACACUCGGGCUCAUCGAUAAGGCCAACCAGCAGUCGAUGGAUCGACUGACUGCCAGGCAGGCCGAGCUGGCUGUUGUGGCGAAGCCUCAGGAGCUGCUGUGCCCCUAUGAGCGGCUGUUCGAUGAGCGUGAGGUCUUCAAUGCUGAGAAUGCGGGCUACAAGUGCGAGCGCUUUGACGAUUUGCUUGCCCUGCGGCGUUUGUAUAACACCGUUAAGCUGCCACGUGAGCCGGAGUGGGAUUGGCGCUUGGACACACUCAAGCAGCACAUCCUACGCCUGCCCGAUGCCUUGCAACGCGAGCAGUACUUUGAGCUAAUGCUGCAAGUGCAGAGCACACUUAAGUGCAGCGCUGCUGGCGAUUUCGCUCACUAUGAGCACAACAGGGAGCGGGAACGCUCACGCUUCAUUUACGUGCGCGGCUGCAUUGGCAACGGCAUCGAGGAGUGGGAGCAGCUUAUGCUGACCAUAGAGCAGAACGCCUACAAGUCGGAGCUGGCGCGCUUUCAAGCCCAAGAGCCUCAGGUCAGCGAGGAGGACGAGGAUGCUGCACCACAACUCAAGCCUUGGUGGCGACAGCUGCGUCUACAAAAUCCCGAACUGUAUGUUUUGAAGAAGCUGCGCAGCAACAAAUUCUACCGAGACUCGCUCUAUAUGCAGACCUAUUCGCAUCUCUGUGACUUGGCGGAGAACAUAGUGUCGGUCAUCGAGAGCACCGAAUUCAUUUAAACAUCCAAUUUUUAUAUACGCCUUUAAUUCGUUAGUUAUCGCGCUAAAUUUAUACGUUGUCGUUGAGCUUAGUUUUUGCAGUCAUUGGGUAAAUCGUAACUUAAAUUAAUG